AAAGGACAAAGACAUCAUAGAGGGAGAGUGGCGCUGGGAUGCGGAAACUGAACAGCCCCAGUGUGAUCCAGAGAACGGCAGCUCUGACAGCGUCCCCUGGCAGCUUCCAGCCACAGGGCCUCUUAGCUGCAUGGGGAAGACAGAGCCUUCCUGGCCAGAACAGCCCCACAGCCUGGGGGCCUCUCCUCUGCACGCCCCGGGCAGUCUGUCCAGGAAGCACUGUGAGAGCCAGGGGAGCCUUCUCCACUUCGACAGGCAGGCCCCAGGCCGGAUCUCCACCUCGCCCACCUUGAGGAGAUUGAGGGGCAAUGGCUGUGGGACUAGGCACUCCCUGCAUCAGCAGGAGACCUUGGAAGAGCCCGCUUGGGGCGGCUGGAAGGAGCCUGCAGGCUCCCCAUGUUACCUUCCCCAGGGUCUACCUGGAAGCCCCCCAAAUUCUUCCCACUCCUUAUCACCCUUGAGACUCGGCUCAAGAUUGCCUCCGGAUCCCAAAAGGGCCCUCAACACAGCUGAGUCCUCGGAGUCCCAAACAAGGCCCACCGAUGAGGCUGCCCUUCCUGUGCUUCGGCCUGUCCACGAGGGGUCCCUUCCCCCCCACUUCUCUUCCAGGGAGAGGAAUCAUUUCCUCCCUCCCCCUCUUCUUCGUCAUCCCUCCCCCCAAAGAAAGAAUAUAUCUCCUCUGUCUCUUGAGUGCAGGUUCCGCGAGCGCAGACGGAGCUCUGUGGUGCUCAACUUGCCUGGCCUUGAGGUGUUCCCCGGGGACCUUCUGGUGUCAGAUGGAGCUGCCGAUUACCUGUGCCACCCACUUCUGCUGCUGAAUCCAGAAUCCAAAAAACCACGAUGGCCUUUCUCCAGGAGAGGAGCGGGCAGAGACAAACACAAGCACAUAUCUGACCUGGAGCAGCGCCUCUCCUCGGUGAAGAUUACAGACUUCGGGGCCUAUGAAUUCCACAGCCUUAAGGGUAAGACCUGGAAUGAAGUCAUGGCAACACAUCAGAAACUUCCUCCUGAUCAAUUAGACUUGAGAAAGCAGCAAGAGGCCAUGUGGGAACUUUUCACAAGCGAAUGCACUUAUUUCUUGGACCAUUUAUUAGUUCUUAAGAUGAUCUUCAUGAAUACACUAAAAUAUCUACAAACCUGCGAAUGUCUCCUGGAUGUGGACUCAUGGCGACUUUUUGCAAACCUGGAGGAGUUAAGUCAGACAAGCUUUGGUUUUGUGAGCAGUCUCUUUGCCAUCAUCAAGGACUACUUCGAUGCCCCUGAGACUUCACCACCCAUGGAUUUCAUUUCCGUGCUCUCGAAGUAUUUCCGAGGGAGCCUCUGUCAGAGCCACCAGACCUACUGCCUGAACUACUCGGCUGCCAUCUUUUACCUCGAGAGCCUGAAGCAGAGAGAGGACUUUGGAACUUACUUAAAAUGGUGCGAGCAAAAUGAACAGUGCAGACGGCUUCGCCUGCCUGAGCUGCUGGUGGCCCCACUGCACCGGCUGACCCGGUACCCCUUGCUGCUGAAGAAUAUCUGGAGAAGGAGUACAGACUCCACUGAGAAAAUCAUGAUCUACUCCAUCAAGGAGAAGGUGGAAAAGUCCAUCCGGGAUCUUGAAGGAAAAGUGAAGUGGCUUGACAAUUUUCAAAAAUGUAGACAUCUACAGGAGAUUAUAGUGUGGCCUCCACUUUGGGAUAGAGAUAAAAGGUUUUUCAUUCCUGAGUGCCUGAAACAUGUUUUUAAAGAGCACAUGGCAGAAAACAUCCUGUCACCAACCAGCAGACACCUUCUCUAUGAGGGAAAAUUAACUCUUGCCGAAAGUACCAGAUUCCUAGAUGUUUAUCUGUUUCUCUUUAAUGAUUUCCUCUUAGUUACGAAAACUAAGCGCAACAAAAAGAAAGUUGGAGGCUUGGACACAGGUGUAAUGUGUCCUUCACUUACUCCUGAACUGCAAACAGUAAUAAAAGAGGGUGGUUCAUGUAAGGUACUCGAUCAGCCCAUUCCACUUGAUAGAUUGGUAGUCAAAAGUAUUGAUGCACUCCAUGUGUCAGUCUUUGGAUUGAGAAAUGCCUUCCUUAUUCAACAUGAGAGCCGAUAUCAACAGUGUAUAGCAGCAUUCUUAUUACAAGCCCAAACAGAGAUCAUCAAAAAAACAUGGAUGGCACAAAUAACAGCAGCAAUCUCUUGCUUCACCAAGAGUCAGGAAACGAAGAAAAUAUCUUUCUUCACACCAUCCACAGAAUCCUCUGAAAUUUAGGGACCUAAAACUAAUCUUUUUAGAAAUGAGAGAUAAAGGUAUUCUUUCAGACUUUUGUAACAGUGAUGAGCUAGAAGAAAAUAUGCCAUUUAAAGGAGUUCCAGGAUUUGAGUGAAGAAAAUCCUCAGUACAAAGGAAUGAUGACUGCAACAAAUUUGAAAUCUGGGGAAUUUCUUGUUAAGUAUAUGCUGAUAUCCAGACUACCUUAAAACGCUUCAGUCAAACUUAUAAGAGGUGUGAGUGAAGUGUGAUGCUGUUAUAAUUUGUAAAGGGUGAAUGAUUAGAUGAACAAAGUGGCAGGAGGAAAAUGUUUGAGUCCAAUACGAAUUCUAGCAUCUUACUUUGUGUAUAUCUAUAAUGAAACCAACCUCACUUACUGCUUUAUAAUACUGCCUCACAUUCAGAUCAUUCUUUUGACAUAAAGUUUGUUCUUUUAAUAUAUUGAUAAAUAAGGUCCUCAUUUUAAGUUUUUAAAUUCCAAUUCUCCAACAGUUCACUUAUCUCAGGUAUAUUUCAUAAUACUCUAACUUGGAAUUAGAAAAUCCCAAAGACUAAACUCCAUUAUUAAAAAAUAAAAUAUCUGUUCCAGUUUUACAUGUGAACACUUUUACAUGGGAAAUUGUCUUAGGAAUAGUAAAAGUAUCUUUCUCUAAACCUCAUUUUUUAAAGAAUGGUUUGUCAUAAAAUUAUUUUCUGGUUUUGAGGAUGGGAUUAUGUGUUUUACCAUAGUACAGCCACCUAAUUUUACUUAGCAAGACUUGAAGUUUCAUUAAAUUUUUAUUUAAAAAGGCAUCUUGAAUUAUUUUAUUAUUAUAUGGUUUGAUUAUAUCAAAUGGAAAUCCACAAAUUUCAACUUCAACCAUGGUAUCUUGUGCAAUUUCCAAAACGGAAGUAGUAAAUUUAUCAACCUGGGAUGCAAGGCAGGAUACCUUAACUGACCUCUUCAAGUUGGAGAAUGGGACAAAGAGGAUGAUGUGAAGGGAAGUCAUGCGUACAGUUAAUGCUUUGAAGAAAAGGCAAAUUUCACCAAACAGCUUCCUGUUUGUAUAGACAAGUGUAGCACAAAGGUUCUUGUGCACAGACCAAGCAUAUUGCAAUGGAGGGUCAUCAUCUUUGUGUAAUAAUGUCAGAAAUUCGGAGGAGUAAGUGAAAAUAAAAGGAAAAUAUGAAAAGCAAUAAUUAAAGGCUAAAAAUAAAUGAGAGGAAGAAUAGACUUCAAGCGAAUUCCUGGAGAUGGGACCUAGAUGACAUUGAAAGCAAAUUAUAUUCAGGACAAUACUGACUUAUGCAAGAAAAGACUUAAAAAAAGAAUAUAUGUGUAUUAGAAAAAAUUAACAAUCAUCUUACAGAGAUUUUCAGAAUAAGCUGACUUUGGAGGACAAUGGACUAGAAUUAGGCACUCUCAAGAUUCCUUUAGUCCCAUGAUUCCAGUAACCAUGUAUAAAGAACUAGUUUCUUCUUAAAAUAUCAUUAAAGGAGACUGACUAAAUUAACAUCAAGAAUGUAAAAUAGCUAAAGAAUAUGCUAUAUAUAAGAGCCAACAUGUGGGGAAAAAAUCCAAAACUUUAAUGGCCACUGACAGACUAAUGGAUAAAGAAAAUGUGGUGUAUAUGUAUAGAAUGGAAUACUAUUCAGCUUUCAAAAAGAAGGAAAUUCAGCAAUAUGCAACAUGGAUGAAUCUUAAAGACAUCAUGCUAAGUGAAAUAAGCCAGUCACAGAAAGACAAAUACUGUAUGAUUCUACUUGUAUGAGGUAUCUAAUAAUAGUCAACUUCCUAUAAUCAAAGCAUGAAAUAGUGGUUGCCAGUGAAACAGAGAGGGAAAUGGGCAGUUACUAAUCAAUGGGCUUAAAAUUUCAGUUAAGCAAGAUGAGUAAGCUCUAGAGAUCUACUAUACACUUAAAAAGAGGUCAUAAGAGUAGAUCUCAUGUUAAAAUUUAAAAAAAGAAAAUGCUAUAUAUGUAAAUUGGAAUUCUAUAAAGCUCACAAAACAACAUGUCUAGCCGAAACCGGUUUGGAUCAGUGGAUAGAGCGUCUGCCUGC